UGUGAUGGGGAGAUGCCUGAAGAAAGGGCUUUGGAGUCCGACCCUUCUGAUCAUCCAGAAGCAAAGAAAUCUCAAGCAGAUGCACAAGAAACAGGAAAAAACAGCGGUACUAACCAUAUAUAUGCGGAAUAUUCUUCUUUGAAAUUCAGCUCAUGCUCGACAAUUUUUCUUGAUGACAGCACAGCCAGCUCCCCUCAUUUUGAAGUGACAAUAGAAUCUGUGGCCUUGGAGAUAUAUUAUCUUAUCAAGGAAAGAGAUGAAAAUAGAACUUUGGAAAUAUUUGAUGAACGUAUAUUCCCACUUCAUCGAGGACACGUUCUGGAAGAAUACUUUAUGUUUGAUCCUACACACAAAGUGAUUUGCAGAUUUAUGCUUACUCUGUUUUGUAUCAAAAGGCUAGAUGCUGACUUAGCAAUCAUAAGUUUGGUAUACGUAAAAAGACUUGUAAAGUGUGCUAAUAUCAACAUUUGUCCAUCCAACUGGAAGAGGAUUAUCUUCGGAGCCAUUCUUCUUGCCAUCAAGUUUGGGAGCAAUGUGGCUGUGUGCAAUAAGGACUUAUGCAAGCACUUUGAGAAAAUUACAGUUGACCAUAUGAAUGAGUUGCAAAGGGACUUCUUGGAGCUAAUUAAUUAUAAUACCAACGUUCCUGGAAGCAUUUAUACCAAAUACUACUUCUAUCUUCGUGCCUUGGCGUUCAGGCAUGGCCUGGGUUUGCCAACUUACCUUCUUAACAGAGAAAGAGCAUGGGAUCUGCGGGCUUUAUCAAGGAUGGAACAAGAUGAAGUGUUCUAUACUGCUCGAAAGACCGGGUCUUUGAGUGCUGGUGACUUAAUUCGUCUUCAGCGCGCUAAGGCCGUCCUCUCCUGAAGGAAGAAAUGAGGGGUAAUGUAACAUCUGAACCCCUCACCAAAAAAGACAGGAAAAUACCACCUCUCCUGCUAAAUAACUAGAAAAGUUUGUAUUUUCAAAAGAAGAAAUACCUCAAUUCAAGUUAACUCAAGGACAACUAAGAUUGCACUUUAUAGUAAAGAAUGGGACCUUGUCAGGGCAACA